AAUUUAUAUUUCAUUCUCUCAAGAAAGUUAGUGAAAAGUAGCCGGCUUUUUUUUUUUGUUUGAACAAGGCAUAGUUAUGGACGGACUGCUGUCAGUAAGCGCUCAGGUGUCAGAAAUCCUCAGCUCACCCAAACCCGAGACCGUUCGGGCAGUUGUGCAGGCAUUGCAUGACCUCAAGAUCUCAGACAAGGCACGCAUAUUCCACGUCCCAUCGACGUUCUACUCCCCCCAGCACCUGUGCAAGUCGGUGGUGUUCGAGAACAAGCGGUUCAAGGGCGUUGGGAGCAAAUACUACUGCGUCAUCGUCCAAUAUGUGCAGACAAUUAACACUGGUGCCUUGACGGACUUUGUGAGGGAGCUGGAUGGGAAUGUUGUGGCUAGGAAGCACUACAACUUCCGGCUGGCAAACCCAGACGAUGCGCUGGAACUGACCGGGUUCGGCAAUAACGGCCUGUCAAAGUCCAUUACCACUCUCAGUCCGGCGGUGUUUUGGUGUGGAGCGGGCGAUAUUGAUUACAAGCUGGCAAUGCCUACGCAGACGUUCAUUGAGGCGACCCAGUGCCAUGUGGCGGACAUUUCGGUUCCAGUUCAAGAGUAAAAUACAUUAAUAGGCUUGUAUUACAUGACGUUGCGGGACUCCAGCAGGCAGUUGCAGCCACAGCCAGCAGGGCAGGUCGGGAUAGCA